AUGUUCUUUCACUCUUUUGCAUCGUUUCUGGUUAUUUUACUUUGUCACCAUGCACUUCCUCUUCUUGCUGAUCCAAGAGCCACGGAGGCAGCAGUGUUAUGCACCAACAGAACUGCUCCAAUGCCUGACCCUCAAGUUUUGAAAGCAAAUUUUUUUGAUGCCUUGGAAGCAUUGACCUCUCUGGUUACGAGACAAAGAUAUGCAGCUGUUGUUAAAGGGACUCAAAAUGCCACCGUCUAUGCUUUUGGCGAGUGCAUGAAAGACCUUUCUCGACCAGAUUGUGAUGUCUGCUUUGCCAAGUGCAAGACACAGGUUCUCAGGUGCUCCCCAUUUCAGAGAGGCAUUCGUGGUGGCAGGCUUUUCUUUGAUGGGUGCUAUCUAAGGUACGAUGACUACAACUUCUUCAAUGAGAGUCUUAGUUUUCAAGACAUGACAGUGUGUGGAACCAAAGAUUUUACUGGGAAUAGGACUGUUUAUAAGGCCAAUACUCUGGAGUUAGUGAGAAAUUUGAGCAUAGAAGCACCAAAGAGUGAAGGGUUCUUUGUGGGGUCUUUGAGUCGAAGGAAUGUUACUGUUUAUGGGUUGGCUCAAUGUUGGAAAUUUGUGAAUGGCAAUUCCUGCAAGAACUGUUUAGCUGAAGCUGUUACUAGGAUUGAUUCAUGUACUCCAAGAGAAGAAGGGAGGGUAUUGAAUGCUGGAUGUUACUUGAGGUAUUCUAAUCACAAGUUCUAUAAUAAUUUAAGCAACGAUACCCCUCUUCCUCGAGGAAAUCAAGGAAGUAGAAAUUUUGGUAUCAUUGUGGCUGCAUCAUCUUCCACCCUGGCUCUUCUGCUGAUUGUUGCAACAGUUGUUUUCUUCAUAAGGACAAAUUUACUGAAGCGGAGGAGAGAAAGAAGACAGUUUGGUGCACUUUUGGACACAGUGAACAAGUCAAAACUAAAUACGCCAUAUGAAAUUCUUGAAAAAGCUACAAAUUACUUCAGUGAUUCAAAUAAGCUAGGAGAAGGUGGAUCAGGUUCAGUUUAUAAAGGAGCUCUGCCAGAUGGAAAUACCGUGGCCAUAAAAAGACUUAGCUUCAACACAACACAAUGGGCAGAUCAUUUCUUCAAUGAGGUCAAUUUGGUCAGUGGCAUUCAUCACAAAAAUCUAGUGAAGAUUUUAGGGUGCAGCAUUACAGGACCUGAAAGUCUUCUUGUUUAUGAAUACGUGCCUAAUCUGAGCCUCCAUGAUCACCUAUCUGUUAGAAGGAAUUCUCAACAGUUGACAUGGGAAAUCAGGCAUAAGAUCAUAUUGGGAACGGCAGAAGGUUUGGCCUAUCUUCAUGAGGAAUCACAAAUGAGAAUCAUUCAUAGAGAUAUAAAAUUAAGCAACAUUCUGCUUGAUGAUAACUUCACACCCAAGAUUGCUGAUUUUGGACUUGCUAGAUUAUUUCCAGAAGACAAGUCUCACCUCAGCACAGCCAUUUGUGGCACACUGGGUUAUAUGGCUCCAGAGUAUAUAGUUCUAGGGAAGUUAACUGAGAAAGCUGAUGUCUAUAGUUUUGGAGUUUUAGUUAUUGAAAUUGUAUCCGGCAAAAGAAGCAGAUCCUUUGUUAAAGAUUCAAUUUCCAUCUUACAUACGGUUUGGAGCCUUUAUGGAUCAAAUAGGCUAUGUGACAUUGUUGAUCCAAUCCUUGAGAGAUUUUAUCCGGUAGAGGAAGCAUGCAAACUCCUUAAGAUAGGGCUGCUUUGUGUACAAGCAUCUGCAGAGCUACGACCACCAAUGUCAGUAGUUGUAAAAAUGAUUGUUAACAAUCAUGAAGUUACUGAGCCAACACAACCACCGUUUCUUAGUUGUGGUAGUUCAGAAUUCAGCAAAUCUACUUUACCAGGAGAUAGUUUUCAAUCUGGAUCCCACACUCAGUCUUCAGGGGACAGCAUGACCAAAAGUAUGAUUGAGCAUAGAAGGGACACACUAUAA